UGCAUCAGUGUGUCAAGUCGCAAGUCAAAAGUUGGAGGAAAAAGAUGACUGCCUUCUUCGUCGGUCGUUCUGUCGUCGUCGCGUGAAAUUUGUCCGAAAAAAGUGGCCAAACAGUCGUCGGGUGCCAAUCCGGAAGGUGGUUCCGUGCUUUUAAACAACUGGCCAUCGUCAGGGUCGGUAGUUUUUCGGUGGUGUGUUGUGUUGUGGGGGAUCCGCGGGGAUCGUCACGAAAGUGACAGAAAAUUCUGACCUGGCAAAAAUGUUCAACACCAGCAGCAACGAUCUGCACCCGGAACAGAGCGAGGGCCAGUUUUGUCGAUUGUGCUUCACCAGGUCGGCCGAGCUGUGUCCGCUGUUUCCACCAGCGAGCAUUCCGAACAAGGGGCUGCUUCACAAAAUUUUCGACUGCACCACCAUAACGUUGAGUUUCCGCGACGACCACAAUGCGCAAAUUUGUAACAGCUGUGUCGUGAGUAUUGAAACCUUCUUCAAGUACAAAAUCAAAUGUGUGGAAAAUGACAAAUUUUUGCGGAACCGGCGAACCAAUUUCUUCUCGGGACUUGGUCUCACUGCUGAUACCACCGCUGCUCAAAAAGGUGGCGAUGAUGGAGAAAAGGAAACGGAUAUUUCCAUGAAAUCAGUGGAGGAAGAACAAAAGCCAGCAGAGACCGCGUCUGCGAACUGCCAGGUGAAGGAGGAACCUAUCCAAGAUGAUGACGACGAUGAUGGAUAUUUUAAUCCGGAUCAGUUCCUGGCACAGGAAACACAAAUUGGCGAUAAACAAAUCGAUCAGUCCGUACUGAAUGGCAGUGAUGGGAAUGGCUUUGGCUCAACUAAUAAUUCCGGUAUGGAACGCGGUUGGAAGACAACAGAAUUCUCCCCUCAACUUGGCAGUUCUGUCCUGAAACCCCUUAAGAUAACCGAUUACUCAAAUCUCGAUGGCAAGAGAGGACGGCCACAAACAUUCAUCACUACCGUUCCUACGGAAAGGCUUUUGGCUCGUGUUAAUUUAUUUACUGGCGGCUCAUUUCCCACUACGUCACCAUUGCGCCAGCCUGGGCAACAACCGCAACGGGGCUUCGAAGGUGCAUUCCGUCAACACUUCAACAUCAGUAACGGCGGGCGCACUCCGAUGGCUCAUCCGAUCAAUCCCCGCAAUCCCAUGGGAGGUCGGUUCGAUACGUUCUCGCUGAGUACCAUGGAGCAAACGAAGAAAGUGCAGAAAUUUCUCGAUGAAGGUUUGCGAGACUUGAUCAUACAAGCCGGAACGCCAAAUCCGAACUUUGCUGUGGAUGGCGGUUACACUAACUUCAAAGUCGUCAAAGCCCGUCUCAACUCGUAUAAUUUAAUCUUCGAGGCUAAUCGCUUCUUGCGGCGAAACAAGUCCUGCAGCGGUCUACCAAAGUGGUACUGGGCUUGCAGCGUUAGCGGCUGCCCUGUCAAAAUUUGCAGCUACAAGGGUCGGUUAUUCAAAACCAAUGAUAAGAUCAGCCAUGUUCAUCCGCCGACAGAGACUGACGAAAGUGAGCACGAAGUCGUUCUACCGGACCAGGCUGAUGAGCUGGGAAUCCAACAGGAAUCACCAUUGCCCACGGCGAUGCAAGCUCGUCCCAAGCAACCAGUCGUACAGAUACCGAUUAUUUCGGCAGUGAAGGAAGCUGUGUGUCAAUCGCCCAAACAAGACGAAGUAUAUAAAGACGUCGAUUCCUAUAAAGUGAUUAAGGAGGAAGACAAAAGUGAAGCUCUUAUCUAUAAGGACCACAAGUAUAAACUAGUGAGUAGCGAAACUAAUGGUAUUAGAAUAUGGAAAUGUGUCACUACUUUGGUGAAUGGUGAUGUUUGUGGCGAGUCAAUUCAUCAAUUAGAAGAUGGUAGAAUAAAGCUAGAAAAGUCGAUCAAAAACGAACAACAGGGCGACGAUGACGAAGUAAAUGAAUCUAUCAAUGAGGAAGAUGGCGAUGAUUCAGAGGGAGGAAAACGUAAAAAUCGUUCCCCCAAGGUGGCAGUAUAUGAGGGUUUCCAAUACAAAUACUGCCACGCUAGGCCCGAAGGCACGCUCUAUUGGCGAUGCAUGAUGAAACAGGAUAACAAUUGCCUGGCUUCGUUGCAUACCAAAGCCACAUUUGAAUUUCUUAACUUUAAUGAUCAAACGCAUAAUCACGAUCCUCCAGAUCCCAGCGUAGAAUUGGAAAACGCUGUCAUUUGCCAAAUCAAACCACCAGCAGAGAAGCCACCACCAGCGGCACCUGCACCUGGAUCAACCGAUUUUCAGUUGGUAAAAAGUGGGCAAAAGAGGGAGUUCCUCAUAUUCCAAGGCUAUCGAUACUAUUUCCAGUACGAGUCCAAAAAUGGUAAACGUUCGUAUCGUUGUACGAUGUUCCGAAAUUGUCCAGCCGGAGCGUUUCUCAUGCCGGACAACACAAUUGCAGAGGCUAAAAACUUUGUCCAUACGCAUCCUCCUACAGAAGAUUUGGAAAAGUAUGUUACUAAAGAUAGUUUAAUUACCAGUCCAAUAAAAAAUGUCGAUGGUCAACCGGGGCGACAACAACGGACGGCAGUCGAAACAGGCCAAUUUCCUAAUCUGAAUGAUUCCGUUGCCAAUGCCAGUUCCAGGGAAGAAAUUGCCCGUGCCAACGGAUAUAAAAUUAUCAAAAACUACAAAGGCAAAGACAUCCUCAUUUACAAUGGCUGGAGGUACUUUGUUGACUACAAAAAGAAAAACGGCGGACAGGUCUGGCGCUGUUCCUCCCACAGACUUUGUCGGGGCGCUGUUCAUUUGUUCCCCGAUGGCUCCAUAAACUACGACAAGCUCGUAGAGCACAAUCAUCUGCCUCCGAAGCGAAAUCUAACCACUCCCAAUUUGUCCCUAGAUUCGAGCGGUAUAGCCACCGCAAUCAUGAGCAACAGCUUCCCCGCAGGAAUGCUGCCAGAAUUAGCAUCGAACGCCUACACGCCACCCUAUCACCGUUACAUAUUGCACGAGGGCCAUCGGUUUCGAUUUGCUACCCGGAAGCGCGAGGGUACCAUUUACUGGCGCUGCGCCAUGAGGCUGGAUACCAAAUGCCCGGUAUCGUUCCACACCAAGGAGGACACGUACGAGCUGGUGAGCAUGCGAAAUCAGGAGCACAACCACCCGGUGCCGGAAGUUUGGCCCGAAGUGGCUGGCGGUCAGAUCGACGAGGAGCUCCCCGUAGUAAAGAUGCCACAGGAGGAGAUCGGUACGUCGGACUUUAUCCUGACGAAAAAUUCCAAGGGAAGGGACGUUGUGCUCUACCAGAAUGGGCGCUACUAUCUGGACUACUCUCGGAAGGAUGGCAAGAUAGUCUUCAGAUGUUCGGCAGUGGCGGGAUGUCGGGCCACGGUUCUGCUGCUGCCGAAUAAAACCCUCGUGAUCAACCGGGAACUCAAGCACACCCACGGUUUCCCAUCGGUCAUGGACAACAUGAUGAUUUCGUCGUCUCUCUCACUCAGCAAUCAGAUGAACAAAUUGGACGACGACGUCCAGCUAAUCGCCCCGCCUGAUCCGUUGUGCUUGGACAUGGAGCCGUCGCCGUCGUCAUCGCACCAGCUGCCCAAAUUCAUCAUCCAUCUUGGCUAUCACUAUAAGUUUGUGUCUACGAAUGCCACCGACCGGACGGCCUUCUGGCGGUGUUCAAAUUUUGAGGCCAAGAUGAACUGUCAGGCCUCAGUCUUCACGACGUUAGCCGGAGAAGUGAUACGUUCUAACAACAUUACGCACAACCAUAAAACAGAGGACUACCAUAAUUCAUCGGCCAACAAUAGUUUGGCCAAGCGGAAAACGAUGAUUGGCUCGCGGGACUACAAGAUUAUCAAAAACUGGAAGAAUCGCGACGUGUUGGUCUUUCAGCAGUGUCGAUACUUCUUGCACUACGUUCGGAAGGACGGCCGUAAAGUGUGGCGCUGUUCAGCGAUUCGGAGUUGUCAUGCAGCCGUUUAUCUUGGGGCGGAUGGACGAGUCGAUUUAGUAAAAGGCGAACACGUUCACGAAAUUCGACAGGAGGGUGAACCUCGACGAAGAAAACCCCGAAAGCCACGUUUGGAACUGAUGCCUCCUGAUCUGGUUGUGGGUAAUAAUCAGCACAUGAGCCGAAGUGUAGACGGAAACGGAAUGCCUCAUCCUGGUGGGAAUGGCAGCGAAUGGAUUGACUACAGUGAUUACGGUAUGCAGAUCACUGGCAGCAGUAAUGACAACAACUCGCUGUGGGACAACUUCAACCCUCACCACAUGACUGCCGUGACCGGAGGAGUGCCUCCGAUGGGAGGAGACAAUGGAGAGAAUUUUGACUUCGGCUACCACUCAGUGUUUGGAAAUCAGCCUAACUUCGGCGAUGGAUAUGCAAUGGAAGGAGACGACGAAGUACUUCCACUGGAACCGGAUGUGAGCUUCAAUGAGGAUGAUCACAACUACGAUAACUUGGAGAACCAUCAAGAUCUCGAACCAGUGGUACAGAUGGUUGAGUAAAUCUUCUACAUUUUAAUUUCUUUCGAAAUCGUAGUCGAUGCGGAGUACCAGAGACGUAAAGCUGAAAUAUGAAUCGGUCAGUGGAGACCCACCUACUGGGCUAUUGACGCAUACUACUGCUACGUAUAGUUCCAAUCACUCUACAGCAUGGUACUCCAUAUCGAAGCGUAGUGUAAAAAAGUAAAGUCUUUUUAGCAAAAAAAAACAAAACUUAGAUAAUAAGCGUCUCACCCGCAAAAUUACCUGAACGAAAGAUGUUUAUUUUCGAUACCUAUGUUCUCCAUUUUAUUAGGACUGUUAAACCAUACAAACUCAUUCACACAUCAAGAGCAAGAGUAUUUUUAUAAUUUUAUAAUGCCCCAUUUUUUAUUUAUAAACCAAUUGUGAGAUAGACAAAUAUAAAGCAAAAUGCUCGAAAACAAAACUAGUAAAUAGUCGUUUGGUUUGCGCCACUUUUUAGAGCGCUCGAAGCGCCUGAGAAUGCUUCAAACAAAAUUGAGUUCAUUGAAACCGGUUUGAGCGAAUGCGUAUAUGUUACAGAUGUUGAGUCGAUUUUGGUGUGGAAUGAAUGCAUUUUUGUUUGAAUUAUUUUUCAAGUAUGUGCUUUUACGUAAAGGUCUCGAUCCGGUGGUCGACAAAAGAAACGGUGAAAAAAUAUACUAUUUCUAUUAUAUAGGUAUACCUAUUUUUAUUAGUUUUUAGAAGUCACAACAUUUAUCAAUUUUAUUUUUACGCUGACACUCAUACACAAAACACCACUCGACGUAAAUAAACCAGCACCUUACUAAAAAAACCUUCUAAGGACAAAUGCAAUUUUACAUACCCUUUUCCAAUGUUUAAGUACGACACUACAUCCAACACGAUGCAAAUAUAUUAAUACAAUUAUAUAUGGUAUUUAUUAUUAGCUAGA